UUGAAUUGCAAUUUUUAAUUUUUACUUAAUUAUUUUAUUUUUGUUUGUAAAUUGUUAUCAACUAAAUAUUUUGAUUAAAUAUAAAUAUCUAUUUUGGCCAAACCGUUUUGAUGGCUAAGACACCAAUUUUAAUAUUUUGCAGAAUAAAACCCAACAUUUUAUCUGAAAUUCAGGAGUAUGUAAUAAACUCUGAUCAAGAUUCUGAUAGUGACACCUUAACCUUGUACAAAUACCAGAACAAUAAUUUCCUGAACCAUAAGCGUGAUUCCUACAGUUUUCAGUUUGUGAAGGUGUUUGACCAGGAAGCCCAACAGGUCCAUAUAUACGAUGCAGUCGCCAAACCAGUCGUCGAGAGCUCCCUCAAGGGUUACAAUGGAACCAUUUUCGCCUACGGACAGACCGGAAGCGGGAAAACCCACACAAUAUCAGGUACCAAGGACAACCCUGGCGUUGUUCCAAGAGCUCUGCAAGACAUCUUCUCAGCUGUGGAACAAGCAGAAGGUGAAACAUACGACGUCCAAAUGUCCUACCUGGAGAUAUACAACGAGCAGAGCAACGAUUUAUUGCUGUCGGCUGGCAAAGAGAAAAAGAAGAUUGCUCUGCGAGAGAACGGAGACAAACUUAUGGAGUGGCACAAUUUGAGUUUGACACCGAUCCAAACUUAUACUGAAGCUCUAGAAUUACUUUCAACUGGCGAUACAAAUAGGAUUGUAGGCGACACUCCAAUGAAUGUGUAUUCCUCACGAUCACACACCAUCCUCACCAUCCACUUGACGGCUCACGUUCACGACAGUCUAGAGAUCAGACGAGCAAAACUUAACCUUGUAGACUUAGCAGGUUCUGAACGAGUGCACAAAACCGGAGAAGAGGGUAUAAUCUUGGAGGAGGCCAGACAUAUCAACCUCUCUCUGCAUUACUUGGAACAGGUGAUAGUUGCUUUGUCAGACCCCGGCCGCAGCCAUGUUCCUUACCGCAACUGUACCCUGACUUCAGCUUUGCGGGACUCUUUAGGCGGCAACUGUAUGACUGUCAUGGUCGCCAACAUAGCAAUCGAUAAAGAUAAUAUUGAGGAGACAAUAUCAACAUGCAGAUUUGCUCAAAGAGUGUCGCUGGUGCCCAAUGAGCUGAUGUUGAACUCUGAAAAGGACUUGAGUGGAGAAAAUAAUCAGCUGAGACUAGAAAUACAUCAGCUGCGAGGACAGUGCGCUCUACUUAGAAACAAGGUUAAAGAAUUAGAACAACGAGAAAAUAAAUUGUUUCCAGAAGAUUGUGGGAAAAGAGAAUACCAGUACACAGAAAACAAACAUUUGUACUCCACACAAUUAAAAACCGAUAUUAUUUAUUUGAUAGACUGGCUUCAAGAGAUGAAGGGUAAACAUCCAAAUCUCCGUUCUGUCAGUGACUCUAGUUCUUCUGGAUACAACGUUCUCUGUUUAGCGGAACCUGAUGAAGGGUUUGAUGAGUUUGCCGCUGCUACAAACGCCAGAGAAGAUUGGAGCAAAGCGAGAGAGUCAGAGAAAACUGCCUCGGAUGCUCUCGCAAGUCAAAUCAACAUUAUUGAUGCUGUACACCAGGAAAUGUUGGAUUGGUGGAAACAAGACGAGAAGAGUUUGGUUCGUGAGAUGAUGAGUGGUCGAGUCAUAAACAUACCCGGGACUGAGGUAAAAACUGUUGCAGACGACGCUUCAGCAACUGACAUAUCCAUCGACCAACUGAUGGGCAGACACUCCGAACUGCUCAAGGACUUUCAACUGUUGAAAUCUAGACUUAAGCACGCCAAGAGAAACUUGCAGAGGUUGAAACGUAAAUACUUGGUAGAAUUCACCAACUGGAAAAAGGGAAAGGUUCCGUUUGAAGAUUUCUUUGAUCAGCUAGGCGGUUUUGGUGAUGCCAAAGUAUGCAGAAAUGAUAUCAGUGGUUUAUCCAAGAACUGUUCGAUGAAGAAUCAAAUUGAUAUUGAUCAAACAUAUCUGUUCAACAAAGAAGAUGUGUUUGCCAACAAAAUAUCCGGUCAUGCAAGAAGUGACUUUUCGUUAUUGUUGAACGAGUCAGGCCUGAGUAGUAUUCUGGAUAACAGUGCCUUUUCCACAUCUACCUUGCUUUCUGAUUCCAGAAUAACUUCGGAAAAAGAACGGUUGGAUUGCAAGGAACCAAGGUUGGUGCGUUCAGAACCUUUGUCUCUUCACUCAGCUGAGCUCGGUCUUCAAACUGGUAAAUUAGUCUCUAUUCCACUGACUGGUGUUUACGACAUUGAUGAAGAGAUCAUAGCUUUCUACGAGAACAAACAUCCCAGCUGACUACAACUGUGUCGGGUAACAUACAAUCAAACUGAUCCAGGCCAAAAAGUAUCAAAUAAGGUCAAAUAAGAAUAAGUGAAGGAGACGGAAAAUGUUUAAAACUCAAAUUAAUGGAAUGUUGAAAUAUGUUAUGUAUGUAUCGGAUGGAAUAAAAUUGGAAUUGUAAAAGAAUCUCGGUGUAAAAAUAAAAUAACUGAUCAAA